AUGACAACUGAAAGCAAAAGAAAGCAUUCGACAGACUCGGAAUACUCAGGUGACUCGGCAGACUCGGAAGAUGCGGCAGACUCGGCAGAUUCGUCGGAUUCCGACUCUAAACGUCCUAAGAAAAUCCCCAAAUAUAAUGAAUAUGGCAAGCCGCGAUAUUACUUGUCAUCGGACUUCGACAAGAUCCUGCCUAUAAAUUGGAAAAGCCAGAUCGCCGCGUGGUGCACUGAAGACCUCCCGCCAUUUGACUACGCCGAACAUGUGGUAGGCCAUGAAGUAAAGACAGCUACAUUGUAUGGAAAAUCCAAGGGCUAUCUCGCCGGCGUACCAUUUUUUGAGGAAGUCUUUCACCACUUGGGAUGUGAGGUUAAGUGGCACGUCAAUGAAGGCGUAAAACUAGGAGAUAAAGCCGAUAAAAAAACCGCCAUUGCGACAGUGAAAGGACCUGUUAAUAAGAUCCUAUAUGGGGAGACGACUGCCAUCAACCUGUUGAGUAUAUGUUCAGGUAUCGCGACGCAAACGAGCAUCGUGAACACCUCUCUAGAACGCCAUAAUUAUUCAAAACAAACAUUUACUGCUAGCACACACAAUAUGACACCAGGAUUUAGACUUGUAGAGGAGUACGGCUUGCUGGUUGGGGGUGUUCGCUGUAAACAGCUCGAUCCCUCCAACACUAUUCUCUUAGACCAAAAUCAUAUCUGGGCUUGCAAAUCCGUAAAUAACAUGAUAGACAUUGCUAAAGCUGCCAGUGGGCUUACUCACAAAAUCGCCGUAGCUGUCAACAACUAUCGUGAUGCACUAAAUGCAUCCAGGGUGUGCGUGGAUACUAUUAUAUUACAGGAUUUUAGUUCAAAAGAUAUGAAAUUAAUUAUGAAGAAAAGCAAGGAUAUAAAUUCACCUAGCUUAUUUGCAACCCGCAUCGAAACUACGAGAGAACAGCUUCACGAUAUUUCUUUCGCAGAACUGGAUAUUCUUUGCACAAAUCUUUUUCACGAGGGAAGUAUGCCCAUGAAUUUUUAUCUGGAAUUCAAUCGUUGA